CAAUAUUUUAUGUAUGUUUUCUUGUGUUCAUUUUAACAUGUAGUACUUUGCCUUGUUUUUCGCUUAAUGAUUAACUGCUUCAAGCUUUUGGAGAAGGCGCUAUAUAUAAAUUAAAUUUGUUGUUGUUAUUGUAAAUUCGCCCCACCAAUAAAGAAACAGUCCAGUGCAGAAGUUACGUAACGACAUGAAAUUCUGCGUCUUGUCAGUAACCUCACCUGUCUGGCAUUCUUCAGUGUUAUGAAGCCAGUGUGGGACAGGAAACACUCUCAGGUGUCUGACCCCAAAACACCUGUGCUUUUUUACAAAAGUUCCUCCCACCUUCAAGUUACAUCAUCCGAAGGAGGCUUUGCUAGCCUUUAAACCAAAUCUCACUCUUAAAACUGCUUUUUUUGCUCGUUUUGACCAGAGUGCCCUUUUAAAGUUACAGACAUUAUCAUGGCAACGGCCUGGUGCAUAUAAUUGUAGACACUGUCAUUAGACGUCAUUUCCUUGUGUGAAUCCAAGUACUCCAUAAUUCAAUUACCUGGAAGACAGCAGGCAUUUAAAAUGCAACACACCUUUCUGUUGUCAGAAUUUCAUUUCAUCAAACCACCGAAGAGGAAAUCUCUUCCCAAGUGUAAGUUGCAUCUUCUCUGCUGACUACACGUCGUAAAAUUUUGCAUGAGAACUGGAAGCCACAUCUAGCUAGCAGCGCAACCUAUUCACCAACAAAAACCCUGUUCAGAUUCAUGUGAUGUGAAUGAAUGAUGUACAUCAGCUUGAGUGAUUGUGUCUUACUGAUCUCUGAAGGUAAGUCCUAUUUAGUUGAUCCCUCGGACAAACACGAGAGAGGCCUUGACUGCACAUAUAUGGCUUUUUCCUCAUCUACAACCUUUAUCGACAGGUGGAUGAGAGUCUGCUACUCCUCUUCAGUGGUCUUCAACUCCUCUUCCUUGACAACUGCAGCACCAGCACUCCGUUUCAUCUGACAUCGUUUUUAGAGCUUAGACUUGCCGACAUGUCUAACAACUACUACAAAAGCUCGCCAGAUGACUAUAGAUCACGUCAAGACAUGUAUCCGGAUUCAUACCAGCGGGAUGAUGUUUACAGGCAGAGAACUAGAUCAGCAUCUCAGGAGACGAUGCACUCAGCAGCAUCUUCCAGCAGGCCUGCGGACUCUUCUGCUCUUGUACCUGGAAAGGCUCUGUCCUUUCUCCAGAGCUGUGGACUGGAUGCAAGUGACCUCUCCCUGCUUGCAGAACUUCCUGAGCAUCUCAUUACAGUUGAAACACUUCCCAAACUACUUUUACAGCUCAAAGAAAGUAAAUUGUCCAGCUCGUCUUCAUCUAGGUCCAGCACCGCUCAGCCUUGUGCUAAAACUUCAUCUCAUGCUUAUGAAAGUAGCACCCAUGUCCAGGCUGUUGGUUAUUCGUUAGAUCGGUCUGUGCGUCCAUCUUACCCCCUUCCUCCAGAUCAAGUUCAAAGCUGGCAAGAUCGUUGGGGGAACCGUCGAAAAACCUCUAGCUCUAGCUCGGGCACUGACAGUAAAACAAGCACCAUUGUGGACUACAACCACUCCAGGGAUGGACUCUAUUACAAUGAACAACCUUACACCUCUGCAGCGUCAAACACGUCUUCAACUAUUUCACACUCUUACACUGAUUACAGCAAAGGCCCCACGCAGAAUUCUGAGCCUUCACAUGUUAUUUCAGCAAGCACUGUUUUUAAAGUGCCUACCAGAAAGGAGGCCUCAGACUUCCAUGGCAUACUUCCUCCAGUUUUUCCUUACGCAUGUGUUCUCUGCAACAUUACUGUCUUGACUGAGAAGGAAUGGUCAGUGCACAUUAGAGGGGCUCAGCAUGCUCACAAUCAGCUCGAACUUGUGAAAAAGUACCCGGAGUGGGAUCAGAAUGUUGAAUCUGCUAAAAGGAAUGCGCGCCAAGCAACACAACAGCCCAGAUCCACCAAGGCAAAAGAUCCGUAUCAAAGUGUGCCUAGUAGGAAGGAAGUCUCGGACAUCCAAGGCAGAAUUCCUCCAGUAUUUCCCAUCCCUUCUGAAAAAAAGGACUUGUCAGGGGAUGUUAGGAGCACUCGGCAUGAUAACAGCCAGCUCGUGGAAAAGUACCCGGGGUGGGAUCGGAACAUUGAUUCCACUAACAGGAACGAGAGCCAAGUGGCAACACAAGCCAAGCUUUUUGAGAAUCGAGAACGACAUUAUAAGACUCCUACCAGGAAGGAGGCCUCCGACUUCUGUGGCAAAGUUCCUCCAGUAUUUCCUUACGCGUGUGUUCUCUGUGAUAUUACUGUCCUUUCUGAAAAAGACUGGUCAGUGCACACUGGAGGCGUUCAGCAUGCUAAUGGUCAGCUCAGGCUUGUGGAAAGAUAUCCGCAGUGGGAUCAGAAGAUCAGAUCCGCUAGAAGGAAUGUGGCUCAGGUGAUAUCACAAGCCGCAUCCACAGAGACAAAAGGUGGAUCCCAAAAGGAGAACAAAAAAAAGAAUAUUUCAGACAAGGAAAAAAGAUCCAACACAAAGACACCACCAAAAGAUCAUGGAAGAGUGGUCUGUGUUACCUUUGCAGCCAGUUCAGUGGAUGAAGAAUACCUGAAAAAAUUGCUUGGACAGUUUGGAGCAGUCGUGAAAGUCAUGAUGUUCCCUGCACUGGCUUUGGUGGAAAUGGGAUCAAAAGACCAGUCAGGGGAUAUAGUGAAGUACUUCACUGAUAAUCCAUUGGCUGUUGAAGGAAAACGAAUUGAAUUUUCCAUCUCUACUACAUUCAGUUUUCUUCAGAGUUCCCGAGUUGUGAGCUUCUCCCCGUUACCUGCUGGAGAUGGGACUACUUCAGAGUUGAUGGCCAUUGCUAAACGGUUUGGAUCUGUAAAAACCUCAUUGUUCCUGCCAAGCCGGGGCUAUGUGGAAAUGACUGAUCCAGCAGAUGCAAAGAAAUUGGUUGAACACUUUAUAACGAAGCCACUCAAAUUAAAAGGAAAAGCAGUUCAAGUGACCUUUUCCACUGAAUAUGACACGCUAAUAGACUUAACAGUUGAUGAGAAAGCUCAAUCACUGAGCUCUUACUCACAGGGGAGGUCAAGCCCAAGAAGACGCAGUUCUCAAAGGGAUAGUCCAAGCCCAAAGAGAAGAAGACGCUCGUCAGAGAGAAGACGCUCGUCAGAGAGAAGACGCUCGUCAGAGAGAAGACACUCGCCAGAGAGAAGACGCUCGUCAGAGAGAAGACACUCGCCAGAGAGAAGACGCUCGCCAGAGGGAAGACACUCGUCAGAGAGAAGACACUCGUCAGAGGGAAGACACUCGCCAGAGAGAAGACACUCGUCAGAGAGAAACUGCUCUUCUAGAAGCUCCAGAUUAAAUGAGCAAAAUGACAGGCAGCACUCCAGGGACAAAUCGAAGACUUUGUCAAAGGCGUCAUUGGUUUCCUCACAUUGUUCUAAUAAUGAUGAAACUACAAAGCCACAAAGUGAGGAUACUGAAGUUAAGAUAAGUGUCAACAGUGACAUUGUUGCAAGCAUGGAUUCAGACAGUGACCUUGAAGGAUUAGCAGUUAUAGCAGAUGAUGGGGAAGAAUUGCAGCAUGAUGAUGAUGAGCCCAUAGAUCACCACAAGAUUGACCAAGAGCAGAAGACAUGUGAAGAAGUUGCCCAGCAAGAUGAUCAGACAUCCAGUAUCUCAGCAGCCUUCCCUAAGCAGGAUGCAUCUUCUGGUAGGGAAGAGGUGAAGCAUUUGACCAGACAAAGCCAGGAGAAUUCACCUUCAGGCUCAGUGGGCAUUCCAAGUGUUCAUUCAGAUGUGAAAGUAGAGACUUUACAAGAUGCUUCAAAGACUUCAGAUAGUCUGAAGAAGAACCAAAAAGAUGAGGUCCUGGAUAUAGAGGAGGACUUUGACUUCCCAGAAAGUCUUGAGAACUGCAUCACCUUAGAUGAACUUGUGGAGGAAACUUCUUCAGAUUAUCAAGAAUCAGACAAACAGAAUCCUUCAACUCCGACAGCUGAGGAAAUACUGGAUGAAGAACCCACAACCAUAAAUCCCCCACCUCUUUCCUCCUAUAUGGACUCUGAAGAAAACAAAAAACAGUCAGAAUCACCUAAAGAAGAAAACACUGACAGUACAGCUGCUGAGACUAAGGCCCCAGAGCAUGAAUCACUAAAUACAGAUGACCAGUGUUUGGAGCAACAGGACAGAGAGAAAGACACAAGUAACAUCAAGGAAGAGUUUGGGAAAGUCCUUGAUGUCAGAAAUCUUCCAAAGGCUGAAGACUACACAGACUCUGAUUUUGUUAACAUUGCAAAGCGAUAUGGAGAAGUAAAGCACUACCUGUUGAUUCGUGAUUGUAGAAAGGGCUUUGUUGAGAUGGUGCAUGCCUCUGAUGCUGAGAGAAUUGCUGCCGAUUCAAAAAAUCAAGAUGUUGCAUUGCGUGGUAACGCCUUGAAGAUUAAAGUGUCAGUGAAAUACAGCAGUUUGCCAACAGCAGGGUUUAACCCUGAUUCUGAUGAUGAGGAAAACACUAAAAGAGCAAACUCUGAGGACUCUACCGAUGAUAACCAGAGUGUUGCUGGAGCUGAGUCUGAAAAACCAAAUGAGCCAGUAGGCACAGAGUUUGUCCGUCCUGUCGUGGGCUAUUUCUGUAACCUGUGCAAUGUUAUCUAUGCCAGUGAAGAAGAGGCAAAAGAUGAGCACUGUAGGAGCCCCUCACACCAUGAGAAACUGAAGGAGCACAAGAAGAAUGCCUCAGCAUGAAGGUUCCAUUAUUACUCAGUGGAAAUAAAUGUAAUAUGUACAUGAGCACUGUAUACACUGAAGGUUGCUUUUGGUCCUUGAUGUGGUUUUACACUACUUUGCAAAAGGACGUCACCUCCUCUGUUUUCAUGUGUAGUGCAGUAAAAGUGUACCUUCCCAUUUUUCUCCAGUGUCAGCCUUCUAUUAUGUACUCAUCAUUUCUCUGUGAGAUUUUUUUUUAUCUUUGAAAGAAUUCAUAGAAAUUGUAGUCUAUUUUGGAGAUAUGUCAGCUGAGUUAGGCUUAAAAUUGUGAUAUUGUAAAAUGACAGUGACAUACAUACUGUCCUGUUUAAAAUGUAUACAGUCAUGUACACAUAUAAACACACUACAAGCCAAAAGUAUAAGCCAUCAAUGAUUUUUUUAGCUUGAAAAAAAUCUUAAUAUCAGUUAGGUCCCCAAAAUAUUUAUUUGGUUUGCAGCAAUGUGCUUUUAUUCUGGUUUUAUUAUAUGGGGGGGAAAACCUUCACACUUGAAAUAGUUUCUUACAGUUGACCAGUUUAAAAUGAUGUCUUGACUCAUCUCGCUCCAGGUUCAGUCAACAGAAUAAUAUUUACUUAUAAAAAGUGUAUCUCAUCAUUUUCUUGUAUAGCUCUUUUCUGGAUCACAGGAAUCUUUCCCCAGUCUGUUAAAGAGCUCAUGAUUUUCUCAGUCAUCACCAGAACUUCUUGGAGUCGAAAUGCUUAGAUUUGAUAUCCUUUUUUUUCUUAAUAAAGAAUCAGUAAAUCCUUCAUUAAUAUUA